CGGCGGCGGCGGCGGCGGCGGCGGAGGGGGGAAGAUGGCGGCGCCCGUCCUGCUGAGAGUGUCGGUGCCGCGGUGGGAACGGGUGGCCCGGUAUGCAGUGUGCGCCGCCGGGAUCCUGCUCUCCAUCUACGCCUACCACGUGGAGCGGGAGAAGGAGAGGGACCCGGAGUACCGGGCCCUUUGCGACCUGGGGCCCUGGGUGAAGUGCUCCGCCGCCCUGGCCUCCAGAUGGGGUCGAGGAUUUGGUCUUUUGGGUUCCAUUUUUGGAAAAGAUGGUGUAUUAAACCAGCCAAACAGUGUCUUUGGACUUAUAUUUUAUAUACUACAGUUAUUACUUGGCAUGACGGCCAGUGCAGUUGCGGCCCUUGUCCUCAUGACCUCCUCCAUCGUGUCCGUGGUGGGCUCUUUGUACCUGGCCUACAUUCUGUACUUUGUGCUGAAGGAGUUCUGCAUCAUCUGCGUCAUCACAUACGUGCUGAACUUCAUUCUCCUCAUCAUCAAUUACAAACGACUAGUUUACUUGAAUGAGGCCUGGAAGCGACAGCUGCAGCCUAAGGAAGACUGACGGCUGGUGGAUUCCCACCCAACUGUCUCAGACACUUCUUUCAUUAAGUUUAUUUUGCAAGUUUUUUUUUUUAAUUCACAACAGACAUUUUCCCUGAGAAUCUUAAACUGAUUUUUUAAAAUACUGUAAAUUAGAAGGGGCCCUAGCUAUUUUCUGUGUCAAUCUUCAUUUUAAAUCCGGAUACAAAAAAGGAUACGCCGAGCCAAUCAAAGACAAGCUUUAACUUUACCUUGAAGAUGUUUCUGAGAUAAUAAAAUGUAGCCCUAGCCCCCGGUCCUCAACCAUAAAGUGAGCAGCCAUUGCUAGUAAUUCUUUAAUGUGUAUAAAUUCAAUUUCAGGUAUAACAAAUGUGAUCAUGAACAUGAAAAUAUUUUAGAAUAGAUACUGUAUUAAAUAUUGCCAUGUUUACAAUAUGUAAUAUGUUUUUAGCUGAUGGAUUUAAAUCUGUAGAUUCAAUUAGAGUCCAUUCGUGUGAUAUUUGUAAAUAAAGGUAGAAACAUUGGAUCCACCCCUGCAGAACUUACUGUACAGUUUAGUUGAAGUGUAGCGAUGAAGAGUUGUCAGCUCAGUGUGACUGAUAAGUAGUGGAGAGAGCAGACAGCAACAGAUCAUCUUGGGAAACGUGCUGACGGUCCUGGUGAGGGUUGACAGCAGAAACAGUAGGGGGCUUGGUUCCCUUCCACCUCCACUCUGAGAGGAAGAAGCGAGAUCUGAACAUCCCAGUCAAGUUUGACUAGUCAUAAAACUGGAUGGAUCCUAACGGUUUAGGAUGUCAUGUGACCAGACCUGUAAUUCCAAGGCUCUUGGGACACUGAUGGUAGGAAAUGGAUGUAGUCUUUGGAGUAAACAUACCACUAUGGCAUUUUUUGGCAAAGCCUCUUAACCAGUAGCUGACCUUUCAAUACAGAUGUGUUCCCUUGAUCCUGGUGCCAGUCAACUUGACAGUAUUAGGACUGAAAUCUGCACAAGCCUGUGCUCCGAGGUCGGUCCAUGGUGUUUCCUUUCUCGUUUCUUCUUGCACUAAGGAUUGUCAGUAAGUGUUUCACAAUUACAUAUUGAAUUUGUAAACCUUAGGGCUGACACGAGGACCAGUUUGCUGACUCAGAAGAAACACAACACAUAGAAAGACUUGGAAGUGAAACAUGGAAACUUUGUCCCACUCCAGUAGCCACACAGAAGCAGUGAGAAGAAACCCAGAGGUGAUCUGAAUAAACCCGAUGGCAUGGUUUACUGUGUUUCUCUGGUUAGCAUCUUACAGGAGAUGUUCAAAGUGCCUUCUGUCUUCAAUCUCAAACCAAAUCAUUCUGUGUGUUGAACCGGGGCAGAAGUAUCCCUCCUUUCAUUCCUUACCACGAAGCAGAGAAUUUGCUUUCUACCAGAAGGGGCUUUGCAGCCAUUUUAUUCCUUGGGUUGAGAAGUAGUGGCAAUGUUCUGAUUUACGAUUUGAUUAAUGAUUAUGUUAAAAAUAGGCAACUAGAUGGCAAAUUCUGAGAGCUUUUAUUUGCCUUCUUUUGGAGGGAGGAAACAGGCUUUGCUUUGUAAAGAACGUGUAUGGUCAGCAAUCGUUGAGUGGUUUAGGACCUUCAGUCACAACUUAUGCACCAUAGGAUUUCUGGCCCAGGGCAGGUAUAAAAUAGGAAUUGUAAUGCCCUGUUAGUAGGUUCUAACCAGUUUCUUUCUUUUUUUUCUCUCACCAGUUUCUUAAAAAAAGCUUAAUUCUGAUUUCAUCAAAGGUUGUGUUUGCCCCACAAAUGUGAACAUUUCCAUGACUGUCUUACUAUGUAUGCAUUGUUGUUGUCUUCUGAAGUAGUUAAAGAACUUCUAGAAAGUACUGAAUGGUAUUUAGGAGAACCAACUCCUCAUGAGAGAACUGUACAGUGAGGUCAUCUCGUAGCCCUUCGUCCGGGUCUCCCGAAGCAGUGGAAAUGGCUAAUAGCCAAGACUUCUGCUACUUACAUAUCAAGGGUGUGCUAAACAAGUCCCUUGGAUCCCAAUUCCAAAUGAACUUUUGUCUUUUAUCACUCAACAGAGUGGCGUUAAAGCGUGUCUUGACAGUACAGCUGUCUUCAACACUUACCCAGGAAAAGGUGAGAGUAUUCAUCCACCAGACCCUUCAUAGCUUCCCUAAGUCUUGGGAGUACCACCAUUAUAGAUUGUAUGGAUUUUUUGUUUAUUACAUUCCUGUGACCCAAUAGAGUGAAUACCCCUUUCUCACUGAGAGUUAACAGGUGCUGUCUGAAAUAAGAGUGUCUGUGCUCACACUUGCCUGUGGUCCCCUCACUUGGGAGGUAGGAGGAAGAGGAUCAGGAAUUCAAGGUCAUCCUUGACUACAUAGCAAAUUGGAGACCAGCCUUAGCUACAGGAGACCCUGUCUUUAAAAGAAAAAAGAAAAAAGAAAGAAAAGAAAAAAAGCAUUUGCUAAAAUAUAUGUUCUCAGUAAGCGACCCUGUUGUGUUUUAUUUGGUAGUUUUUGCCCUGAGGAAAUUCUAUUAAACCUAGUAGAAUGGGGGAGAAAAAUACUGUGUUAUAAAACUGCUAAUACUGUUAUGACUGUUUCAGACUGAAUAUUUAAACACUGAAGAAGCAGGGUUUGGCUGGGCAUGGUGACACACACCUUGAAUCCCAGCACUUGGGAGGCAGGGGCAGGUGGAUCUCUUGAGUUGGAGGCCAGCCUGGUCUAAAUAGUGAGCUCCAGGCCAACCAGGGUUAUAUAGUGAAAUAAAUAUAAAUAUAUAUGUCUUAAAAAGCCCACCCACAAAAUAACAGCAAACACUGAACGUGACUAACAGUAACUGUGGACGGGCAGACUAGGGGGAAAUGACUCCUACAGUAAUUCUGUGAAGCCUUUCACUUGGUAGUGAGGAGAUUUGAAGGAGUAAGAAGUUCGGGCAAGGCGUGCUCCAGGGACUGUGGUCGGCCUGUGCGAGCGAGUUCCCUUGGUCCUCCUUCCCGCAGCUGGUUUCUACCAGGGAGGCUAAACUGGGACAACUCAGGGUUGACAAGUUGCACUAGCUGCAUUCCAGGAAUUGUUUUGCUUCAUAUAUGUAACCUCUCCUUCAACUCUUUUGUUGUUGUUCUUUUGUUUUUGUUUUUUUUUUUUUAAGAGACAGAUGAUCUCAUUCUGUAGGCUAGGCUAUCCUAGAACUCAGUACAUAGCCCAGGCUGGCUUCAAAGUUGGCAUUCCUCCUGCCUUAGCCUCCCAAGUGCUAGAAUGAGUGGUUCAAAUUCAUUAUACGGAAGGAUGUUGAAAGACAUUGACUUUUUUCAUAUAAAGAGACAGCCCACUCGUCACUCUUGGAGAGGACCUGGGUUCAGCUCCUAUCACCCACAUGUCAGCUUAACAACAUCUGUAACUCCAGUUCAGGGGAUCCGAUGCCCUCUUCUGGCUUCCAAGGGCACUGCAUAUGGUGCAUAGACAUACAUGCAGGCAAAACACCCAUGCACAUAUAAAAGUAUUUCAUUUGGUACAAAGUACCCUUUACCUAUGAGGUAAGAUAGAGAACAAUAAAUUAAUAUUGCUGCUUUUUUUGUUUUUAUUUAUAAUUAUUUUCAAAAGACUACGGUAAAGUGCAGCCAAGCAUGGUAGCACACACCUAGAAUCCCAGCACUUGGGAGGUGGAGGCAGGAGGACCAGAAGUUCAAGGCCAACCUCGGCUAUAUGAGACCUUGUCUCAAAAGCAAAAUUAAAAACACAAAAACUCCUCAGCAAUGACUUCCUAAGCUAUAGUUGGCACUAGCAGUUGGUUCUGAUGACUACUGACAGGUGGUGGCUUUACCUUAAAAGUCAGAGAAAUGUCAGCAAAGCUCCCCACUGUCAUUUCCAGGAACCACCCCUGUGUUUUUCCUUCGGCAUCCAUCAGUGAACCUGCCCCUCUACCCCUUUUAGCAUUUUAGGCAGCACAUUUAUGAAUCCUAAUGUGUGAGAACAACCCUACAAUCAAAGGGGCAGAGUAGGAUCCCAGGCAACUUGAUCAAACACCCCCCCUACCCCCUUUUUAAACUAAUUGGCCCGGAAGAGGUGAAAUGUUAUGAAGCUGUAUUGAGCAUGGCCUAAAUAAUAGGUGUCUAUGACCUGUGAAGUCUGUUCCAUCUAAAAUAUUACUCAUGCUUCAAAAGCUCCUGAGUAAACAUUCAUGUAAAAAGGAGUUCACUGGGAAGAUUCCCUCUUUAAUAUAGAUAGAAAUAUUCUUUAUCAGAGAUUUAGGAUACCAUUUUGCUAACUGGUAAAUAAAAACCGAUGUAAAUAUGUAAGAAUGUUUAUUUGUUGCACAUAACUUUUUUGGUAUAAAAUAAAUGUAGACGUUACCUGUGGA